UUGCGAACUUCCCAGUCCCCCGUAUUUUCUAACUUCGAGAUAUUUUAAACGCUUUCGCUUAUCCUCUUUAUCUAUCCGUGAACUCGCCGUCUCCUCUGUCAUUCUCCUAGAUCUCCGCCGCCUCCGCCGUCGCUGGCGUCGCCGGCGUCUGCUCCUCCUCCUCCACUCUUCCGAUCAAUUGGAAGUCGGCCAUCGAAUACGGCAUAGUAUGCAGGCAUUAGCAUCGCUCCCUUCCUCCGCACAGCUCCAUCAGCUCCCUGCCCUCGACUCGUUGAGGGCGGCGCCGGCGGUGACAACAAGGAGGCGAUGCCCUAACCUCAAACUCAACCGACAGUUUCCUUUCUCUCUCCAUACCAUUCAUUGUCAGAAGCAUCCCGAUCAAGGAGUGAACGGAGGUGACACAGACGACAUGUUCGAUGAUUUGUUCAAGAAGUAUGGAAAGGUGGUAUAUAGAAGCACCGACCAAAAGCGCCCAAUUUCGGAGGCUGAUGAUGAUGCUGAAAGCUUGUCCUUUGCUGUGACUCUAGCUAAGGUUGCCAAUGAUGUAAAAGCUGCUGAUAUUCGUGUUCUCUUCGUGAAGCCGCUGGUCUAUUGGACUCGAUUCUUUAUCAUUGUUACAGCAUUUUCUUGUCCACAAAUUGACGCAAUUGGGUCAAGGAUACGAGACACGGCUGAGAAGCAAUUUGACAAAAUUGCCUCUGGUGAUACGAAGCCCAACUCGUGGACUUUACUAGACUUUGGUGAUGUAGUAGUUCACAUAUUUCUUCCCCAGCAGCGAGCUUUCUACAACUUGGAAGAGUUUUAUGGAAAUGCCACAUCUAUCGAACUGCCUUUCGACAACCAAUCCCCAUUCCGAAACUGAUGCAUUUUCCAUCUCUUACAGAUGACUAUCUAGUAGUCUUUGAAUCCAUUGAGUUUAGCUGAAAAUUUUCAACAUUGGGAUAUGCUUUAGUCUCCUCCAGAAGAGACUCAUUUUAGCAUUGUGAAUCUCAUGAGUUAUAGAACAAUUCAUCACUCCAUGUGUUUCGUUAAAUUAACAUGCUUGCCAGUUUGCCAUCAAA